AUGGCGCCGGCGCGGUGCGGGCGGCCCGGCCACUUCCACCGCUCAGGCUCCCGCGGCUCGCCGCCGCCGCGUUACGCGCCACUAGGCCGAAAAGGAGUGGCAGCCACGCGAGCCAGUCAGUGUGGGGCUCGCGAGACGGAGAGCCAAUCGCCGAGGAGGAGGGCGGGGCAUAGACCGGGCUCCCGGCCGGGGGAAAACGAGGCGGAGAGCCGUAAAGCGCGCCGGGCCGUAAAGUGCGCCGGCGAUGAUGCCAAAGGCGGAAGAGCCGCGCGCGCCGGCUCGGGGGCAUUGACUGUUGUAGUCGGGGGUAACAAGCCGCCGAGAGCGAACGCGGGGCCCGCAGGGCUUUGUGCGGGGGUCCAGGCGGCCAGGCUGCCGCCCCCUGCGCCCCGGGACCGGCCGGGGGUGGGGGGCUGCGAGGACGAGGCCUUGGGCGGCUGGGCCCGCAGAAGUGCUGGUGUGCUGGUGACACCCCGGGACCUGGGGGAGAUGCUCGGGGGCCAUUGUGUCUCCCCGCACUCGGCCUUGCAGUCAGGCCUCGCUGGAGGCGCCCACGUAAACACCUCCGGCGCUGGACCCCCGUAUGUGGCCCUGCUUUGCCAGCUCGACUCCCGCCUCUGCAGGCAGCGAGCCCCGACCCGCGCCUCCCGGAGGAACAAGCCACUUUCUCUGGGGCCUGUCCAGGGGUUCGGCCCUUUCGGGGAGCACACUGUGAAUGCCAGCUGGAUUGCUGUCCAGGAGCUGGAGAAGCUGGGCCUGGGGGACCAUGUGGACCUGCACGUGUACGAGAUCCCAGUGGAGUACCAGACAGUGCAGCAGCUCAUCCCCGCGCUGUGGGAGAAGCACAGUCCCCAGGUGGGCCGGGCAUGCGUGUACCUGUGCGACUUCACCUACUACACCUCCCUGUACCGGAGCCACGGGCGCUCCGCCUUCGUCCACGUGCCACCGCUGGGCAAGCCCUACGACGCGGGCCAGCUGGGCCGGGCGCUGCAGGCCAUCAUCGAGGAGAUGCUGGGCGUGCUGGAGCGCGUGGACGGCCAGGCCGGCUGCUGUCGCCGGCCCUGAGCCCACCGCACCGCACGAGGCUGGCCGCAGGCGCCUGCUGCCCUCCCGGGACUGCGGCGGGGCACCAGAGCGGCCACGCUCCGCCGGGCCGUCCAUACCACAGCCACUGCCCCUGCCUCGCCAGACUGUGCGCAAAAGACCCCCAGUGCUCACUCAGCCUGGGCUGCACUUGAACUCACCAUGGCUCCGGCCACCCCCCCCCCUCGUUUGUCUCUCUCUUCUUUUGGAGACAGGAUCUUGCUAUGCAGCCCAGGCCGGCCUGGAACUCACGAUCCUCCUGCUUCCCAACGGCCACCAUGCAAACAACAGCAUCAUUCUGGGCUGCAGAGUAACUUAGGUCUCCUUGGGGAAAGCACUGGCGAGAGCCAGCUCCAAGUUGUUUUUUUGUUUGUUUUUGUCAGUCGUGGGGCCUGAACUCUGGGC